CAACAUGUUUCAGUGGCAAGGCAUCAUCAUUGGCCCGUGGAUACCCCUUUGGAAGGUGUUCUCUUUCCCCUUUCCAUCCAUUUUCCCAUUGAUUACCCUUUCAAGCCUCCAACAGUAAAAUUCCUAACCAAGGUUUGUCAUCCAAAUAUAGGUGUAGAUGGCACAAUUCAAAUCAACAUACUAGGAGAUCAAUGGAGUUCUGCACUGACCACAGAGAAAUUGUUACUUUCCAUCUUCUCAAUUCUGCUAGACCCAAUUCUGGAAGACAGUUUAUAUCCAAUGUCGAAUCCAUAUCGGCACAACAUGAAUUGCUACAACAAGAAAGCAAGAGGAUUGACAAAAAAGAUAUUGAGAUGCUGGUCAAGGAUCAAGCUACUCUGUCAUUCAAACUCAAAAGCUAGAGCUGCAAAGCAACCCUGAAAGAAGAUAAUUGAUUUCUUUAGGCUGUGUUUGGAUUUUAGAUUUGAAUAGGAAUUUAUGGAUGGAAAGGAAUAGAGAAUGGAAAAGU